AUGACAAACAGUUCCACCUGCACUGAAACAGACCUCAAGCCCUACUAUGCAAUUACAUACACUUUCAUCCUAAUCCCUGGACUAAUAGGAAACACAUUAGCUUUGUGGGUCUUUUAUGGGUACAUGAAAGAGACUAAAAGGGCUGUAAUAUUUAUGAUCAAUUUAGCCAUUGCUGACUUAUCACAGGUUUUGUCCUUGCCCCUGAGGAUUUUCUACUACUUGACAGGGACGUGGGAAUUUGGAGGAGGUCUCUGCAUGUUUUGCUUCUACCUGAAGUAUGUCAAUAUGUACGCGAGCAUCUACUUCUUGGUUUGCAUCAGUGUAAGACGGUAUUUGUUUCUUAUGCACCCAUUCAAAUUCAGUGACUGCAAACGCAUCUGUGAUGUGUACAUCAGCAUCAUUGGGUGGGUUGUGGUCUGCAUUGGCUGUUUGCCUUUCCCGCUUCUCAGACUCCACCAGGAUGCUAAAAACACAUGUUUUGUGGAUCUGCCUGUAAAGGAAGUUGACCUUCCCAUCUCCAUUGCAAUGAUGACAAUAGGUGAAUUGGUGGGGUUUGUAACACCCCUACUCAUCAUCCUAUAUUGCUCAUGGAAGACUAUCUUAUCACUAAAAGAAAAAAAUUCUGCUUCACAUGACCUUGGAGAGAAAAAAAAGGCUUUAAAGAUGAUUCUUACCUGUGCUCUGGUAUUUCUGAUUUGCUUUGCACCUUACCAUAUCAGCUUUCCAUUAGAUUUCUUUGUCAAAACCAAAAAGAUUAAAAAUGGAUGUGUCCAGAAGGUGAUCUCAGUGUUUCACGUUGUAGCUUUGUGCCUUGCCAGCUUGAACUCCUGUGUGGACCCAGUCAUCUACUACUUUACUACAGAUGAGUUCAGGAGACGCCUUUCCAGGCAGGAUUUGCAAGACAGCAUUCAACUCCACAACCUCAGUUACGUGAGGAAGCACUCCAGAGAUGUACUCAGGAAGGACACCAUGUUACACAAAGUGGUAUCAGAAGUUCAGAAACUGUUAAAUAAGAAAAACCUCAAUAAGCUUCAGUUUUCCUACCUAGAAAAUGCUGUGGGUGCACACGAGCUGUUCGUCUGCUGCCAUAGCAAUGUGGUUUUCGUAUUAGUAUUAACCGUCUCUUUCUACAGGAAGUUUGGUGUAAUAGAGUUGCUCACAUGA